AUGAAAUUUGCUACAAGAGAAGAUGAAGGUCGGAGAAGAAGAAUUAGCUAUGCGCCUUUCUUAGAAAAAGAUACGCUGUACUUGUGGGUUGUAACUAUCACAAUACAAAUACAACCCGAAUUUAACCACCUCGAUACAAAAACGAAUGUUGCUAAUUAUAGGUUAACAACAACAGGUAAGAACGAUGAAGAUAACAAACACGACAAGGACGACAACAAACACGACAAGGACGGCAACAAACACAACAAGGACGACAACAAAUACGACAAGGAUAACGAAUACAUCAAGGAAAACAAAUACGACAGGGACGACAAAGUAUAG